AUGGAGUUUCUCAUAGAUGACCUCCCAAUUCUCUUCCCCUAUCCUCGGAUUUACCCUGAGCAGUAUGCAUAUAUGUGCGAUCUCAAGAAGACCCUCGAUUCAGGGGGUCACUGUGUCUUGGAGAUGCCUUCAGGAACCGGAAAGACCAUUACUUUGCUCGCCCUGAUCGUCGCGUACCAGCAGCAUUACCCGGAACAUAGGAAGCUGAUUUACUGUUCUCGAACAAUGUCCGAGAUCGAAAAGGCUUUAAGCGAGUUACACGCAUUAAUGAAAUACCGUUCCAAGAAACUGGGCAUUGUUGAAGACUUUCGAGCUUUGGGACUCACUAGCAGAAAGAACCUGUGCCUACACCCCUCUGUGAAGCGUGAAAAGAGCGGAGCGGUAGUCGAUGCUCGAUGCCGAAGCCUAACCGCUGGGUUUAUCAAGGAAAAGAAGGAGAAAGGGGAGGAUGUCGAGCUUUGCAUAUAUCAUGAGAACCUAGACCUUCUGGAACCUAGUAAUCUAAUCCCGCCUGGUGUAUUCACGCUUGAUGGCCUCGUUAAAUAUGGAGAACAGCACAAACAGUGUCCCUACUUCUCUGCCAGAAGGAUGAUGCCAUUUUGCAACGUCAUCAUCUAUUCGUAUCACUACCUUCUCGACCCGAAAAUUGCGGAGAGAGUGUCGAAGGAACUAUCAAAGGACUGCAUAGUUGUGUUUGACGAGGCACAUAAUAUCGAUAACGUAUGUAUCGAGGCUCUCAGCAUUGACCUCACCGAAGACUCUCUACGAAAGGCAGGUCGCGGUGCGAACAACCUGGAACGUAAAAUUGAGGAAAUGAAAAGUACCGAUGCAGACAAACUGCAAAAUGAAUACCUAAAACUGGUGGAAGGCCUACGGGAAGCAGAUGAAGCGCGAGAAGAAGAGCAGUUGAUGGCAAAUCCUGUUCUUCCGGAUGAUCUCCUGAAAGAGGCUGUUCCAGGAAACAUUCGUCGAGCGGAACACUUUGUGGCUUUCUUGAAGCGCUUCAUUGAGUAUCUGAAAACCCGGAUGAAAGUUACCCACACCAUCUCCGAAACUCCGUUAUCCUUUCUAUCCCAUCUCAAAGACUUAACUUUUAUAGAACGAAAGCCUUUGCGGUUUUGCGCAGAACGUCUAACAUCCCUGGUUCGCACCCUAGAGCUGGUGAAUAUUGAAGAUUACCAACCGCUUCAAGAAGUUGCUACGUUUGCGACACUUGCUGCUACAUACGAAAAAGGCUUCUUACUCAUUCUUGAACCAUUUGAGUCUGACACAGCAACCGUGCCUAACCCUGUUCUACAUUUCACUUGCUUGGACGCUGCUAUCGCGAUACAGCCUGUAUUUGACAGGUUUAGCUCCGUUAUAAUAACCUCUGGGACCCUUUCCCCGCUUGAAAUGUAUCCAAAGAUGCUUAAAUUUGAUGCUGUCCUUCAGGAGUCGUAUAGUAUGACCCUUGCCCGCCGCUCAUUUUUACCGAUGAUCGUAACACGAGGUUCCGAUCAAGCACAAAUAUCUUCAUCUUUCCAGAUUCGCAAUGACCCAGGAGUUGUCCGGAAUUAUGGCAAUUUGCUCCUGGAAUUCUGUCGUAUAACACCCGACGGAAUUGUGGUUUUCUUCCCAUCAUACCUUUAUAUGGAAUCUAUAAUCAGCAUGUGGCAGGGGAUGGGCAUUCUUGAUUCGGUGUGGAAUUAUAAAUUGAUCCUUGUCGAAACGCCUGAUUCCCAGGAAUCGUCUCUUGCGCUUGAAACCUACCGCACUGCAUGCUGCAAUGGCCGUGGCGCAGUGCUUUUGUGUGUUGCCCGAGGAAAGGUCUCCGAAGGAAUCGAUUUCGACCAUCAUUAUGGUCGUGCUGUGCUUUGUAUCGGAGUCCCUUUUCAAUAUACCGAGUCGCGUAUCUUAAAAGCCCGCCUCGAGUUCAUGCGAGAAAACUAUCGUAUUCGCGAGAAUGACUUUCUCUCUUUCGAUGCUCUUCGACAUGCUGCUCAAUGCCUUGGGCGUGUCCUUCGUGGUAAAGAUGACUAUGGAGUCAUGGUACUUGCCGACCGUCGAUUUCAGAAGAAAAGGAAUCAAUUGCCCAAAUGGAUAAGUCAAGCAAUGCUUGAAAGUGAGACAAAUUUAAGUACCGACAUGGCUGUUGCCACUGCAAAAAGUUUCUUAAAGUCCAUGGCACAACCAUUCAAAGCCAAAGACCAGGAAGGAAUCUCAACGUGGAGCUUGGAAGACUUGAAUCGGCACCUCGAAAAACAAAAACAAGAGAUGGAAAAACAGCAUAGCAACCAAAUGGUGUGGACCGCGACCAAUGGGGGUGCAACUGAUACUAAGCCUACGGGCGACGAUGAAGAUUUUAACGCAGAACUCCUGGCAGAUAUCAUGACAUAA